AUUGAAAUUUUCGCGUGAUAAGUGACAAAACUGAUAACAUUCGUUCAUGAUUUACUUAAUCACGGACUAAGAGGUAGGUGGUAUAUAUUUAACUAAUAAAUAUAUAUAUAAUAUCUUAGUCCGUAUAUCAUCACGUAGUUCGGGUUGAGUACUCACACAAAACAAAUAAUUUAUUGAUUAUUAUCUAUCAAAAAAUAAAUUGGAUUAAUCUGCUAAUCACUAUGGCUUAAAAUAUAUAUUUAAUUUAAAUUAAAAGAUUUUAAAUUACAAUACCAACAAUAAACUCAUUUAAUUGUUAUAAAAAAUAAUUAAUAAUAAAUUAAAUAAAAAUAUUUUUCAACUUCAUGCUUACAUUUAUUCAUAUUAUUUUAGUUUAUUGGGUAAUUUUUUUUUUAUUAUUUUUAAAAAUAUAGUUAAAACUUGAAAGUGAAACUAAAUUCUAUAUUAUUCGAAAUUUGAAGUCUAUCAUAUUAAGUCAAUCAAAUAGUUAAAUGAACAUGAAUUUGAACUGUGAUAUUACCCCUGGAAAUUAUGUAGUCUACUUGGAUAUUGAAAUUGACAAUGAAAAGAGUGAGUGAAAUAUUUAUUUAAAUUAUAAUGCCUGUACAUUAAACAAAUAUAUUUUUUGCAAAUAAACUCGAAAAGUUACUAACUUUUACUAUAUAAUUUAAUUAUUACAAUAUUAUUUUUAUAGUUGGAAGAAUUGUUAUUGAAUUAUUUAAUAAUGUAGUUCCCAAAACGGCUGAAAAUUUUAGAGCUCUUUGUACUGGUGAAAAGGGUAUCGGUAAAUAUGGAAAACCAUUGCAUUACAAAGGAUCAUAUUUCCAUCGAGGUAUUAAUUUAUUAUAGUAUAUAAAUUUAUUAUAUUAUAUAAAAAUAUAACUCCUUUUGCUGUAUAGUAUCAUUUUUAUAUAAUUAUUUUUAAUAAUAAGAAAAAAUGUACAAUCUAUAUGAAUUUAAUAAUUUUACAAUUUAUUCAAUAAAAACUUAUUUAAAUUUGUAUAGAAGGUGUAUAUUGGGUUGAGCAAUAACUAACUUGGAUAAUUUAGAUUUUGUUUUUUAUUUGUGAAAUUUUGAGGUUUUAAAGAUAAUUAGGUGUUGAGUUAGUUAUUAAAGAUUAAGAAUGUCCAAUUUGAAAUUUUUUGAGUAUAGUGUUUAACUUACGUGAUGAGUUUAUAAAGCAUUUUGUUAAGCCCACAAACCACAAUAGGUAUGUUUUAAUUUGUACAACCAGAUUGAUUUAAAAGUAUUUUGUAUAUUAAUAUUUGUAUUUAAAUUUAUUAACAGCCAAAAAAACCUUAAUUUCUGAUUCAAUAUUAUUAUUUUUCGGUAUAUCCAUUGUUAGACUGAUGUAUAUGGUUUAUUCUUAAUUAAAAUAUUUAGUUGUUUUUUAUAUUUUGAAAUUUAAAAUAUGUAUUAUUAUUAUUUAUAAUAUAAUUUAUAUAAAAUAGAUAAACAAAUAAUAAAUAUGUAUAUAUAUAAUGUAUAUUUAAAAAUAGCUGGAAACUAUUUUUGGUUCUUUCUACUCAUUGUCAUAAAAGAUUUAUUACAUUUGGUUAUUUUAUUUUUGAACGCUUUUAAGUGAAUAAUUUAUGUUAAUUAAGUUCAAUUUAUAAUAAUUUUAUAAUUUUUAUUUUAGCUAUUCCAGAAUUCAUGAUUCAGGGUGGAGAUAUUGCUGCUGGUGAUGGAUCUAGUGGUGAGAGUAUUUAUGGUUUGUUCUUUGAUGAUGAAAACUUUGAAUUGCUGGUAAAUACAUAAUAUUUCAUUUUUAAUUACCUCUUAGAGUGUUCAAAUUUUAAAACUAAAUAAUAGAAUUUGUUUUGUAUUAAUUUAAGUAUAUUCAUUAUUUAAUACAUUAGUAUUCUGCAUAUUUGGUUACAUAUGAUUAUAUAAAAAUUAGAAAACUGAGUAUAAUAUUCAAGAUAUUAAUGGUUUGUUAAAGUAGUCAAGUUGGUAGACUAUAGGUUUUAUUUAUUUUAACUGAAAAUCUAAUUUUACCUCAUAGUAAAUUUCAAUAAAUAGUUUUAUAUAUGAUAAUCAUAAGUUUAUAUUGUACAUAUAUAUUUUUUAAAUUGUUAUUUUAUUAAAACUGUAUUUAAUUCUUAAUCUAGCAUGAUGAACCUGGACUAUUAAGUAUGGCAAAUACAGGUAAAGUUAAUACUAAUAAUUCACAGUUUUUCAUUACAACUGCUCCAUGUCCGCAUUUAGACGGUAAAAAUGUAGUUCUUGGAAAAGUAAAAAAAGGAUUAUGUGUUGUGCAAACAAUUUUAUUGACAGCUUCAGAUGAUGUUCCUAUUAACGUAAGUAAAAUAUUAGUCACAUUUUAAUAUAUUGAAUUUAUUUCAUUAUGGUUUAUUAUUGGUUUUAAAACAAUACAUAAGUUAUGGUUUAUUAUUGGUUUUAAAAUCAAUACAUAAGUUAUGGUAUUAUUUAAUAUUAUACAUUUUUUAAUAAUAGUAGAAAUAGCUUAUAUAUAGUUUUUAAAUUUUAUAUUUAGUUUUCAAUCAAAAUCAGUUACUUAAUUUAUUUGGUUUAUAAUUUAGCCUUGUAAAAUUUCUGAUUGUGGAGAAUUACCAACUGAUAGUAAUACUUGGAAUAUUAAUGAAAAUGAUCAAACAAGUGAUGUUUUCCCCCCUUUUCCAGAAGAUUGGACAGUUCAGCAGACUGAUCUAAAUGUAAUUAUUUAAUUUUAAUCUCUAAUCCAAUGUAUUAAUUAAAAUGUAUAUUUCUCAAGGUAAAACAAAUGUGUGAAAUACUUAAUCAAAUAAAAGAAUCUGGAAAUCAAUAUUUUAGCAAUAAAAAUUAUUCUGUUGCUCGGCAAAGAUAUGAUAAGGUGUUAAGAUAUCAUACAUGGUAAUUAUUUGAAGUAAUUUAAUGUUUUAUUUGAGUAUUAAAGUGGUUUAUUUUUUAGUAUAUAUAUAUAUUGAACCCCAGGGAUGAAUUUGUCCAUUUCAUAAAACUGGCUAUUUUAUUCCCAUUUUCCCAUUCUGUGAAAUGGCUAAUUAAGGGCCAAUUUCAUAAAUUGAGCAAAACUUUAGUGGUAUAUAAAUAUUUUCAACGCCUAUACAUAACUAUUAAAAUUAUAUUAUCAAUAAACUAAUUUAAUUGAAAUUAAGAAAAUUAGAAUUGUAUACCAGGCUUUAGUAGAAUCCAUAAUUAACUAUGGUAUUACUGUUUAAAGAGGUGUCUGCCAAACAACAUUAAAUCUAUUAAAAAUAAUAAAAAUAAUUAUUUGUGUCACACAGAGAAUACUGUAUAAAUAAUGUCCUGCGCCUGGGCAUUGUCCGUGCUAAUUUUUAUUAUUAUUAUUUUACCCAUAUUAAUUUCUGGUUUUGGCUGUGUCAGAAUUUAAUGAAAACAAAUAGGUAGAAAGUGGGUAGUCUACUUUCAGCGGACUAAAUGUAUUCUAUUGUGGAAUUUUAAUAGAACAAAUAAUAAUAAUAGUUAUAAUAAUUUUCUUUUCUGUAACAUCAAGGUAACCUUUAAAUAAACAAAAAUAAGUAAAUAAUCAAUUAGAUAUCCAUAUCAAAUAUACCUAAAAACCGCUAUUUUACCCUUUAGGGGUUGAAUUUUCAAAAAUCUUCUCUUAUUGGUCAAAGUAUUAGAGGAACCAGUAUUCCAAAUUUCAAGUGUGUACAUUGAGUAUUUUUUGAGAUACAGUGAAUCAGUGGUAUUUGGAUUAUAUAUAGAUUAAAUAUUCUACCAUUAAAACAAUUUUUCUAUAAGGCAUCAGUAAUUUCUUCUUCUAAUUUAGUAAUCUACCCUAAGGUUUUAUAGUAUUCUUCCAUAUUCCCUCCAUUCUUCCCUGUUAUUGCCAUUCUCUUCAGUUCCCUGUAGGUUCUCAGUUCGGCAUCUUUAAUACAUUUUUUAAUUAGCAUUGUUCUAGGACGUCCUUUGCCUCUCUUGCCAUCUAUUUGUUUUUCUAGUAUUCUAUUGUGUAGUUCCUCCUCGUAUAUUAAGGUAUGUCAAAUUAGUCUCCAUCUUCUUUCUUUGAUUGAUCUUAAUAAUUCUCUAGGUUCUCCUAUUUUAUUAAGAACACUGUCAUUGGUACGGAACUCAGUCCAGCUAACUCUUAGCAUCCUCUGCCUGCACCAUAUUUCAAAGCUUUCUAAAUAUCUUUCUUCUGCUUUGUUUAUCGCCCAAGACUCUGACCCGUAUAGAGCAAUGCUCCACACAAACACUUUAACUGGUUGUUUUCUCAUAUGGAUACUCAUUUUCUUGGAGCAUAUUAAUUUCUUGCGGUUCAUAAAUGUGGUUUUCGCUUGCACUAUCCUAGCUCUAAUUUCUUUAGUGGACUUUCCAUCCUGAGUAAUUAGACUGCCUAUGUAUUUAUAGCUGUUUACUUGUUCUGUAUAGUUAUUUCCCACUUGGAUUUGGAGUCUUUGUCUUUGUUGUGAUCUUUAGCAUAUCAUAACCUUAGUUUUUUUCCAGUUUAUUUUCAGGUCUUAUUCUUCAAAACACUUCUGUAUCACUUCUAAUGCAGUUUUCAUUUCUUUUUCGCUUUUGGUUAUUAAAGCAAUGUCCUCAGCAAAUCUAAGCAUUUGUUUAAGUUCUCCUCCAACUGUCACUCCUAUUUUUCGUCUAUUGAGUGUUUCCUUUAUUUCAUGGAUUGGUUGUUCGACAUAUACAUUAAACAACAUUGAUGACAUGGGAUACCCUUGUCUAGUGCCUUUCCAUAUUUUUGCUGUUGCAGAUUUGUCGUCUAUUCUGAUUUCUGCUGUCUUGUGUCUAUAGAAAUUGUAUAUUAAUUGUCUAUCAUUGUAAUCCACUCCUACUUGCUGCAAAUUUUGAAAUAACUUUUGCUAACUCACUUUAUCAAAUGCCUUUUCUAGGUCCACAAAGGUAAUCAGUAAUUUAUAUAAUUAAAAAUAACCUAACACUUAGUAUUGAACAUAAUUAUAACACAAGAUAACUAUCAAAUAUUACUCUACCUUUAAUGUAUAAAAAAACUAACUUAAUUUACUUACUUAUAUAUAGAACCAAAAAUAUAUAAUAUGAUACCAUCAGACACCAAAACAAUAAAAAAUAUAACUAACUGGUUGCAGAAUGAACCAAAUAUAAAAUUUUAAAUAUUUUAUACCUUUAAUCUAGUUGCUUGGAUUUGUAUUUUAUCAUACUGUAUUAUACAUUAAAUCUUCAUGUAUUAAUUAUUGUUAACUGCAUUGUUUAUGUUUAAGUUAGUUUCAUCUAAUUAGUCUAAAAUUGUAAAAAACAAGGUGGAUGUAAAUUACAAUGAAUGUAUUAGUCUCCUUAUUAUAAAUUAUGAACUCAUGGGCCCCCCAUGAACAUGAACCUGUUCAGUGGAGCCCAUUAUUUUUUUGAAGAAAUAAACAAUAAUAAUAAUAAAUAAUAAAUUAUUAUAAAUUUGUUAUUAUCAUAUUAAUUAUUUUUUUAUACAUGUUUUAAAGUAAAUUAAAUACAGAAAAUAAAUAAAUUUAAUAAUUAUAACAUUAUAUUUUGAACAAAAUAUCUAUAUAGUAAAUAAUAAAUUUAAAAAAAAAAUUAUCAAUUAACAAAAAAAUCAUUAAUUUAUAUUUAUAUAUUAUAUUUAUUUUCACUAUUAUAACAUGUUUUUGGUAGUAUUGAAGUUAUAUGAAUGCCCGUUGCCUGUUCAUAAAAUGGGCAGCAUUUUUGAAGUUCAUAUCAUGAAUUGGACAAAUUUACCUAUGGGGUAUAAUAUAUAAUAAACAUAUCUUGAGUUAGUUAAAUUACCUAUUUCAGUUUAUUUUUUAUUUAUUUUUUUUUUUUUCACUGGGUUGUAAUAUUGAAUUUAAUUAAUUUAAAUUUGAUAUUGAAAUAUUCUUUUUUAAUUAUUUUAUAAUAUAAAUACUUUGACUGUUAAUUAUAAAUAGGUUCAAGGACAUGUAGCUCUAAAGAAGUACUAAAUAUGCAAGUACUUAGCACUUAAAAACCCUUAAAUAUGCAUUACAAAUACUACAAUUGUUUUGGUGAUUGAAUUAAUUGUUUAAAAAAUAUCUAAAUUGAGGAAAAAAAAUUACUUAAUUUAAUUUUAUGUCAUACUAUUAUCACAUGAAAAAAAACCCCUUUGUUUUAAGGAAAUGUUUGCUUUGUAUUGAUUUAAUUAUGUAAACAUUAAGAUAUUACAAUAAUUAUUGAAUGAUCAAUUUUACAAUUAUGAUAACCACUGGUAUAAAACAGGUACUAGAAAUCUCUGAUUGGUAUCAACUGACUCAUUGUUAUUUGAUUUUGCACAUACAGUGCUAAAAAUGCCCUCCAAAAAGAUUAAAAAAAAAAAUUUAAAAUCUUUCAAAAAGCAAAAAAGAGCUAAAUUUGCGACAUACAUGUACAGAUUUGGUUUUGUCGUAAUAUGAAAUUAAUUUCUUUCUAGCUAGCCUUUUUGUAAGUGACACCAGAAUUACUUUGCCCUAAUUAUAAGAUAAUAUAAUGUUACAAAGAAAAAAAAGUCUUAUAAAUAUUAACUAAUACACAUUUUUUUUAGGUACACAAGUUAUUAUAAAGGCCUUCAAAUAACUUUUAAUGAACCAGAUUUAAUAAAAAUGAAUACAUUAUUAAAUUUAUCUAAUGUUUAUUUGAAAAUGAAAAAUUACAAAAUGUCCAUUGAAUUUUCAAAACAAGUAAGUUGUUUAAAAAUGAAAAGAUAAGAAUAUGUAAGAAAUUAGUAAAACUUACAAAUUGGGUUUUAAAUUAUUGAAAAAUUUAGUGCCAGAUUUCAUAGGAGAAUACUUUCUGAGAAACUCAUAAUUUAUACAAUAUUUAAUGACCUCCUUUUAUAAAGAUAGUUGAAUCUCUUAUAUUAUUUGUAUUAAUAUAAUAAUAGUUCAAAUUAUUAAUAAUUAAUAGUUUAAAUACAUAACACAACCUUGAAUUCUAUUAAACAUAUUUAUUUAUUCAUUAACAUUUUUUUAGGGACAAGUCCUUUAAAUACAGAAACAUAUAAUAAUAAUCUAGAACAACCAAAGAGAAAAUAAAUGCACAGUAAAAUAGGGUUUUAGUUUAAAAUAAAGCUCUUGUUCUAAAAAAUUCACGAGACAUAAAAAAGAAAUUGACACUAUUACAAAUUUGAUUAGGUAACAAAAGUUCUCUCUGGAAAAAGGUAUAAAUAAUAAAUUUGAAUUUCUAAUUAAAUAAUUAUGUGUAAAAAUACUGAUCGUAUAUUUGGAUAUUCAAUAAUGUUAUUAAGGAGAUAAUAAAUGAAUAAGCCGUCAGAUAGCUCACGUCUAACCACACAUCACUGAAUAUUAAUAGAGUCUGUUAUUAAUGAAAAUGAGUCUCUGGAAGUAGGUUCUACUUAUUAUAGAUUCUAAUAAUAUGUCAUAAGAUAAGUAAUUCCUUGAUAAAAAUCUGAAAUAAAAUUUAUUUAAAAAAAUUUAUAUUAAAAAAAAAAUAAUAAUAAUUACAGGUUUUAAAUACAGAUUGCAACAAUGGAAAAGCAUUUUUUCGCCUUGGCCAAGCAUAUGGGUCACUUAAUCAUUUUAAUAAAGCAAUUACAUACUAUAAAAAGGCACUAGAAGUGAUUCCAAAUGAAAAGUAUAUUUUAUUAGAGUUAAAAAGAAUCGAACAAGCCCAGAACCAAUAUUUGUUAUUUGAAAAGCAAAUUUACUCAAAAAUGUUUAAAAAGAACUAUUCUAAAAAUGAUUUUACCUAA